AUGAUUUUUAAAUAUUUGCGAGAGCCGGAUCCCUCCAAUCUGCUGACUUCACCAGAGGCAUUUCGGUACUUUGAGUACGGGAUGUUCUUCAUGGGCUGGUGGUCUCCACAGAAGUACAAGAUUUUGUACUACAUUGCGGCCGCUUGCAUAUUUUCUUGGUGCGUUAUAUACCUGCCGAUCGGAAUCAGCAUUAGCUUUCUGAAGGAUCUUAGCAAUUUCAGUCCCAGCGAACUGCUAACAGUACUUCAGCUGUUCUUCAAUUCCGUGGGAAUGCCGUUCAAGGUGCUGUUCUUCAAUCUGCACAUUUGGCGCUUCUACAAGGCCAAGGAGCUGCUGAGCAAGUUGGACAAGCGGUGCUCUCGGCUGGAGGAACGCAUGCAGGUUCAUCGCUGGGUUGUCCACUGCAACAAGGCCUAUCUUAUCUACCAGGUGAUCUACAUCUCCUACACCAUGUCCACCUUCCUGUCUGCCGGAGCUGCAGGACAACUCCCGUGGCGAAUCUAUAAUCCCUUUGUGGACUGGCGGCAGAGCAGAGUGAGCUUCUGGAUAGCAGCUUUCCACGAGAACAUGCUCAUGACGUUUACGGUGACCCAAACCCUGAUGAGCGACAUCUACCCUCUGCUGUAUGGCCUGAUCCUUAGGGUCCACCUUAAACUGUUGCAGCAGCGAGUGGAGAGACUAUGCACAGAGCCCGGCAAGAGUGAGGAGGAAAACCAAGAGGAUUUGGUCAACUGCAUCAAGGAUCACAAGCUCAUCAAAGAAUAUGCCCAAAUGAUUCGACCCGUCAUAGCCCGCACAAUUUUCAUCCAGUUCCUACUGAUCGGCAUUUGCCUGGGCCUGUCUAUCAUAAACCUGCUCUUUUUCGCCGACAUUUGGACGGGUUUUGCCACAGCGGCCUAUAUAAAUGGCCUCUUCAUGCAGACCUUUCCGUUCUGUUUCGUGUGUGACUUGAUAAAGGCCGAUUGUGAUCAUCUGGAUAUGGCCAUAUUUCAGUCCAACUGGCUAAGCACCAGUCGCAGAUACAAAACUUCGCUGCUUUACUUUUUACAGAACGCGCAGAAGCCUAUUGCCUUCACCGCUGGCUAUAUUUUCCCGAUUUCCACGAGCACAAAUAUAAGCGUAGCAAAACUGGCUUUUUCGGUGGUCACCUUUGUCAAUCAACUGAAUAUAGCCGACAGAUUGAAGAAUGACUAG